CCGCCAAUGGGCAGCCCUGGGCGGAGAGCAGCGGCGGCGGCCAAUGAAGCGGCGGCAGGAAGCGGAGCUAGGGCGCACGCGGAGCCCGCUGGAGGGGCUUGGCCUGGCUUGGCGGCGGCCCCGCUGGAGGAGGAGGAGGAGAGGAGAUCCCGCUUGGCGUCAUGUGGCCCAUCUUCUGGGCCAGCAUACGGACCUAUGCUCCUUACGUUACCUUCCCCGUAGCCUUUGUGGUUGGGGUGGUGGGCUACAACCUCGAGUGGUUCAUCCGGGGCAAGCCCCCUCCGCAGACCCCCGAGGACGAGAAGAGCAUUUCAGAACGGCGUGAGGACCGUAAGCUCCAAGAGAGUGUUGGGAAAGACCUUACCCAAGUGGUCAGCCUGAAGGACAAGCUGGAAUUUGCCCCCAAAGCAGUUCUCAACCGGAACCGGCCUGAGAAGAAUUAAGGAAGCUGGUUAUUUUUAUUGCUAGCUGGUUAGAUUUUCUUUUAUUUGAGGUCUGAAUUCUUUGAUUUUGAAUAUUGGUUUCCAGCCGGUGUUGAGCCCAUCAGCCCAUGCAAAGUAUGUUUGCUGUUCUCUCCAGCUCUGGCAGAUUUCUGCAGCUGCUGAGAUCCCGCGGAGAUGAAGAUGGAUUUUAUGAAUCUUGAUAUUUGACUUUGGAAUCUCCCCUCUUCCAUAAAAUGUUGUUUAUCCUCUAAUGGAAUGGCCUCCGAAGCUCAAUUAAUGGACAUCUAAAAGAUUAGUUCACAUCCAAGGCAGGAUUUGGCUGUUAAAGGGAAGGCAGGAAUUUGGCUCUUAAAGGGACUCUCGCAAAGUAUAUAGACCUCUUUUAAGGGAAGGUCUUUUCUUCAAAUAGCUUGUAGACUUUUUGACUCUGGACAGGCAAAUGAAAAACUGUUCCUGUUUCUGCUGGAAACCUCACUUCAAGGGGGACGUUCUUGGCUGCUGCCAGAGGCCACUGUUGAACCAUAUUUGCACUGUCACCUCUCAGGAAAUUGUGUAUUUCUUUCCCUGGAAAUUUCUGUUGGGGACAUUGUGCUGGAUUUUUAUUUUUUAUUUUAGAACACCAAUCCACUGCUGAAAUUAAAGAUUUAAAUCCGU